AUGAAUGAGAACAAUUUGUUGUUGCAUUUGCUUUGGAUUAUGGACAAGAUGGUGAGUCCCGCGUCGGAGUCGGACAGCAGUUCGGUGUCGGGCGCCAAGAGCCCGGCCGCCGCGCCGCCGCUGCUGCAACACCUGCUCCAGCUGCAACUGCAGGCGCAGACCCCGCAGGCCAUUGCGCAGCUGCAACUCCAGGCGCAGACCCCGCAGGCCAUCGCGCAGUUCCAGCAGAUGAUCGCGGCGCUAGCGGCGUUGGGGACAGGACUGGUGCCGCCGGCGCUGUCGCAGGUGUGGCUCAUGCAGCGGCUCGCGCAGAACAGACAGCAUGCUACGGAUAGGCUACCAGAGUCAGGCGAGAAGCCGGCAGCACCAUCGUCGCCCACGCUGGCGGAACAGCCGCUGGACCUCAGCGCCAAGUCCACCUCGAGCACCAGCGGCACCCCGCCGCCUGACGCCAAGAUCCUGGACAGUAGGCUGAAACGCAGCGCCAUCGACGGCGCCGGCAACAGCGCAGCGCGGCGCACCUACACCGACGAGGAGCUGCAGUCGGCCCUGCGCGACAUCCAGGCCGGCCGCCUCGGGACCCGCCGCGCCGCCGUCGUCUACGGCAUCCCGCGCUCCACGCUCCGCAACAAGGUCAACAAGUUCGGCCUCGCCGCCGACAACUCCGAGCCCGACAGCGACCAAGAAAGACCAGACUCGCCACCCUCCGUCAUCCUCAAAAUACCCACCUUCCCCCCACCUGACGAAAAGAGCCCCUCCCCUGCCACCCCAGUCACCACACCCGUUACACCCAUAACACCUAUCAUACCCCAGCCCCAGCCCUCUCUCAACCCCUCCGCACAUCUGCCCGCGUUCUUCGCCGACCCGCCGACCGCCAACCAGCACCUCUUCACGUCCAUCAACGACGUCAUCGUCCGCAGCAUCAGCCAGAAGUUCCAGCAGCUGCCGGACCGGCCGCCGCAGCCCGCCGACUUGUACAUGCGCGCGCCGGACCGCCACGUGUCCGUCAUCAAGACCCCGCCCGACAACCAGCGGAGCUACCCCGUGCCCAGCAACUCCAAGGCCGCCAUCAACAACAACGGCCAGCCCGCCGCCGGCGGCAAGGGCACGCGCCCCAAGCGGGGCAAGUACCGGAACUACGACAGGGACAGCCUCGUCGAGGCCGUCAAGGCCGUGCAGAGGGGCGAGAUGUCCGUGCACCGAGCGGGCUCGUACUACGGCGUGCCGCACUCCACUCUGGAGUACAAGGUGAAGGAGCGGCAUCUGAUGCGGCCGAGGAAGCGGGAGCCGAAGCCCCCGCAGGACGUCAAGCCGCAGCCGCCGAAGCCUCCGCCGCCGAAGCCGCCGACGAAACCGUUCUCGAACGGGCUCAACGGCCCCGAGACUCCCGCGUAUCCGCCGGGAUAUCCGUUCUGGCCCGGCGCUGGAUUCGCGCCGCCGUCACCGGACUUGUACGCGUCGCACAUGAUGCGGCGACUGCGCGAGGAGGCGCCCCCGCCGGCGAACGGCUCCUUCCUCGAGGGCAUCAUCAGGUCGAGCCUGGAGCGGCCCGGCGCCGCGCUGAUGCACCGGCUGACGGAGCCGCGGCCGCCGCUGGCGCCGCAGGACGCGCCCAGCCUGCUGCGGCGGCUGGCGGGCGAGCCGGCCGAGGAGCCGCCGGCGCGGCGCGCGCGCGUGGACAGCUCGGACCGGCAGCUGGCCGCGGAGAUGCGCGAGGCGGUGCAGCGGCUGCGCGCCGACAAGCUGCGGCCGCGCAACGGCACGCCCACGCCGCCCGCGCCCGCGUCGCCGCCCGCGCCGCCCGCCGCGCCGCCCGCGCCCCCCGACCGCGCCUAG